UAUCAGGCCGGCUGAGGUCGUUCAUGACCCGUUUCACAACAAAUAAUAUAUUCAAUUAAGCUUAGGGUUUUUGGUUUUCUCAGCUUGUGAAUUAUUAUUUGAAUGGGCUACCAUGAAUAUUGAAGUGGAUAGAAACACGUUUCGUUAUACGUGUUGUACGAAGCGGACGGCGAAAUAAGUUGCAGUCCGCGUUUCAAGAUCACGAAUAAAAGGAUUAAAAUAUACAACUGUAGCGCAAAUAGCACAGGCGUCGCUGUCAACGGUAAAUAAGUGGGCUUUAGAUAACUAACAAUCGCCGUCGUGAAGCGCCCCAUUUGGCAUGCAACUGAUAAUAAAUAAACAAGCCCGAUUGUUUAGUGAUAUGUUCAACAGCGGAGAAAGAUUAGUGAGUGUUCGGUUGAAGUCCCAAAAAGGUUGUUCUUUCGCCGCAGACAAGAGCCGGUAGCAUUCGCGAUACUGUUCUACCAGUUUGAAUACCCGCAAGUUAGUUAAAGUUUAUUUUGCUUUUCUUUAAUGGACAAACGUAAUGCAGAGCAGCAUAAGAUGUAUCAGAACCUUCCCCAGGACGAGAACGGAUUGGCGACAGUUAUCGAAGUUCUGAUUUGACCGCUGGUUCCGACAGUCGUUAGCAAUUCGCUUAGCAAUGACACCCAAUCUUCCGGGUGGUGCGGUUCCGGAUGGAAACAUUCAGGUUUUGGCGUUGGAAGAGAAGCACGUUGCAGUCGGCAAAGACGGUAACAUAGAUGACGAUUAUUCGGAACAGUUCCCACCGGUUGGGGCACUUCUAGUCAACAAAAUUCGAAAUGGGUGGUGCAGUGAAAAGUUGUUGAAAAAGCGAUUACCAAUUCUUCAGUGGUUACCCGGCUAUCGCAGGGAGUAUUUCGUGGAGGAUAUCGUGGCAGGUCUAACUGUUGGAUUGACCGUCAUUCCACAGGGAAUAGCCUAUGCGGUCGUUGCGAGCCUGGAACCGCAGUACGGACUGUAUUCAGCUUUUGCUGGUUGUUUCGUGUACUUCGUGUUUGGUAGUUGUAAGGAUAUCACGAUCGGUCCGACUGCCAUCAUGUCACUGAUGGUGCAGAUUCAUGUGGCCAAUUUGGGACCCGCAUUCGCUAUAUUGUCGGCAUUUUUAGCCGGCUGUAUCAUAUUGGUGCUAGGACUUUUAAAUUUAGGCUUUUUAGUGCAAUUCAUUUCCAUGCCCGUGACGGCGGGCUUCACAUCGGCAGCCGCAAUCACCAUAGCCAGUGGUCAGGUUAAAUCGUUACUUGGGCUACCAGGUAAAUCCAACGAGUUCCUCGAGUCCUGGAUAAACGUCGUUGAGAAUAUUCACCUAACUCGUUUGUGGGACUCCAUAUUGGGAGUUAGCUCAAUUGUAAUACUCUUGCUGAUGAUGCAGCUAAAAAAUCUCGAUGGUCGUUGGAAAACGGUCGGCAAGUAUCUGUCGUUGUCUCGCAAUGCCAUUGUGGUCAUUGGAGGUACAUUGCUGGCUUAUAUCCUAAGUACAGACGGAGUAGCUCCUUUCUUGUUGACUGGUAACGUAACGUCAGGGUUACCACCAUUUCAACUACCACCUUUUUCGACGGUGGUCAACAAUCAAACCUACACCUUCACCGACAUGGUAUCCGAGUUGGGUACCUCGGUAAUAGCACUUCCACUGAUAGCAAUUCUGGAGAGUAUCGCAAUUGCUAAAGCUUUCUCCAAAGGUAAGACAAUAGACGCCACGCAGGAGAUGAUCGCCCUAGGUCUGUGCAACCUCGCUGGUUCCUUCUUCUCGUCAAUGCCCGUCACAGGCUCAUUCACGAGAUCAGCUGUCAACAACAGCAGCGGAGUUAGAACUCCCGCUGGUGGGGUAACAACGGGUCUCGUAGUGCUGCUGGCGUUGGGUUUACUGGCCAGCUCUUUCUUCUACAUUCCGAAAGCCACUCUUGCCGCAGUGAUCAUUGCUGCCAUGUUCUUCAUGGUGGAGUUUCACGCGGCAGCCGAAAUCUGGCGAACGAAAAAGAUCGAUAUAAUUCCGUUCUUCACGACACUUAUUGCUUGUCUUUUGAUUGGGCUAGAAUACGGAAUGAUUAUUGGAAUCGGAGUUAAUCUUUGUUUUGUACUCUACCUUACAUCCCGUCCCAAUAUUAUCCACCGAAUCGAGAGGGUAAACGAUUACGAGUUGCUGGUUGUGAGCCCAGAUCAAAGUUUAAUCUAUUCAUCGGCGGAAUAUCUCAAAUAUCGGGUCCUAAAACUAUCUCAACAAAAUCAGGUCGAUGUGGUGAUAAUUAAGGGCUCUGCCGUUAGUUAUAUUGAUUCUACGGUAGCGAAAAUUCUUGCCGGAAUUGUUGAAGAUCUGCGCGUUCAGGGUAAACCGGUAUACUUCUGGAACUGGCAGCGUUCGGUGCAGCAUACUGCCUUUCGGCUGGAUUCCGCGUUGUUUGUGCCGCUUUUUAAACGCGGAGACUCAACGCUCGAGAUUGUCAAGUGCUGGACGCUGAAAAGCAAUCGGAACGACGCCUAAUGUGAUUUUGUGGGUACCUAAUAUUGUGCUUUAAUCUAGUUUCGUAAGUUUACUUAGUUUGUAGCGUAAAACCGACAGUAAAGAAAAACGAAAGUAUUUUUAGCUAUAUAUGAACAGAUUUCAUCGUGCGGUUGAUGUAAAUAAACUUUUUGUUGCGAAAUAUUUUUGUAACUCGAA